CCAACUGAGUUUUGAAGCUGUGUAGUACUUGUGAACUCGUCCAGUGUGGCAACAUUGUCCUAAUUGUUCUACGCUCAAGAUGGCGGCAUCCACCUGCGCUGCGGGCGGAGUGGUGGUUCCACGCAACUUCCGACUGCUAGAAGAAUUGGAACAAGGCCAGAAAGGUGUUAGUGAUGGCACCAUCAGCUGGGGCCUUGAGGAUGAUUGCGACAUGACACUGACUCACUGGACUGGCAUGAUUAUUGGCCCACCGAGGACCCCAUAUGAGAACCGGAUCUACAGCCUGCGUGUGGAAUGUGGAUCCCAGUAUCCAGAUGAACCACCUUGUGUCAAGUUCAUUUCUAAGAUCAAGAUGGUUGGCAUCAGUGAGAGCAAUGGUGGUGUGGAGAAGCGCAGCCUGAGUGUGCUCAACCGCUGGCAGAGGAACUACUCCAUCAAGACGGUGCUGCAGGAGUUGAGGCGUGCCAUGACCCUCAAGGAGAACCAGAGGAUGGCCCAGCCACCUGAAGGAUCCACCUUUUGAAAGAGUGGUGCUCUCCUCUUCUGUACUGGGCUGCUGCUGCCACCGCUACCACCACCGCUCUGUCUCUGUGUCUCAUUUUGGACUUCUCUCUGUGCCCUCUGUUUGAUUUCCUUGAAGCCGCAAACAUGGCAGUUUUCUCCCCUUUAAUUUUUUUUUAUGAAGCUGCUUGUCUGAUAAACCUUCCCCACCUUCCUCCCCAUCUGCUUUUAGUAAGCACACAUACUGUUCUUCCUAAAUGGAGGAGAUAACCACAUCUGCGGCCACAGCUAAAAUUUCUUCCUGUUCUUUCCUCUCAGAUAUCUGCUCUUGAGUGUACUUUUCUGUUACAUGGAGAGUUUCCUUUUUUCUUUCUUUCUGUUAUUCUUUGUUCACAAUGGGCACAUAUGGCUCCGAAGAACCUUUCGCCUUUCUCCUAGUUUGGAUUUGAGCGCUAGUGGCACUUAAAAUUCUUUUGUAACUGCACCUUUAAGCAAAAAUGACAAGCUUUUCCCUUUCCUCAAUAAGCAAGCACAGCCUUAGAACAUUGGGACUUUAUGUUGCCGUGUUUGCAAUAGAGACCAGUCUUGUCUUUAAACUUGCAAACUGAAAUAUGCAGGAAAGGAAAUAAAGAAAAAGCAGGCUAUUUUGAAGUGGUAAACAUUCUUCAUACACAUUUUACACUGUCUCUUUUUGGUUUGGGGGCUGGCCAUGAACUUGCCCUGUACUCAUAGGUUCCCUUCCUUCCCAAGCGGAUGAAGGGAGCUCACUGUGUAGGAAAUGGUAGCAGAACACAAGAUGCUCAUCUGGCAGGUUGACAUUCAUCAAAUGUUGGAUAUCUCAGCCUUGAGCAUUACUGAAACAAUCUACGCGUUUGGUAAGGAAAGCCUUUUGACCAGUGUUUUGCUACAGUGCUCUAUUCUCUGCCCGAGUUCGGCAUGGUAUUAUGUGCAUGUACAAGAUGUGUAUUGCUCUUAACUGCUGAUCUGCACAAAAACACAUGUUGAAGAGUUGCAGUGAAGGUAGUACACACAUGGUGUGCCUUGAGUUGUAUGCCAACUGUGGCCAUAAGUACGAUGUUUGUCAGCAGCAUUCAUGAAAUAGUAAAUUCCAUUAGGCUUUGAUUCAGAUGAGCUCUUCACACAGAUUUUCACACAUAUUGGAGACAAAGUAACUUGCCAGUGAAUGGUGUUUCGUUGUACUUCCAAUAUAUAACUUAUUUUUACUAAAUGAGUUCUGCAGAAGUCUGUGAAGUGAAGGCAGUUUGAGAAAGGAAAAUAUGCCUGCCACCUGGCUGUAGCUGAGUGCUGCAAAAGGAACCAGCUUAGUUUCGUGUAAAGCAAACACUGUAGUUGACAAAAAACAGCCUGGGCCAAGAAUUCUGCCUGGGGCCACCACACCAGAGCAGCUUCUCCACUUUUCAGAUUCUGCAGAACUCAUUUCCUUAAUAUAACACUUCAAUCUUCCAGUUGUCGAUUGAUGUGACUUAGCACUACCAUCUGCUAGCCUUCUGGAUAGCUCAGUUGGCAGUCUGACUGCACCACCCUGGCAGUGGUCCUGGGUUUGAUUCCCAGAUCAGGAUAUUUUUGAACUACCAAAUUUGGUUUUCAAGAAACUGAGCUGGUUUCAACUUGUAGCAUUCUGCUACAGUCGGGUGGAAGGUAAUUUAUUUUGGGACUACUCCACAUGGCACUAACUUAAUUUCAGUGCAAUGUGACAUAUUAUUAUUGUUUUCUCCUUUUACUUUUUUAUACCUGCUGUGGGUGUUGUAGAUUUUCUGGGCUGACUGAGAUUUUGUUGUGUGUAGGUGCAGUGCACACUGCAUCAAGAUAUUUUUGUUAUGUAGCUGCCAAGGAAAUUGGGAAUGAAAGCUAGUUACCUUAUUUUUGUCUUGGUAUUGCCUGCAGUCAUGUGUAAGUAUGAUAGGUAAUUGCACAUGUAAUGCAAAAUGACUUUCUCUUCUUUUUUUUUUGUGUGUGUGUGUGUGUGUUAAAGGGGUUCUGCAACACCUUUUCUUCAAAACUAAAAACAUGUUGGAGUGAGUGCAAUGUCUUUCAGUGAAUGUAUCAAAUUUUUUUUGAAGGACCUAAUAAUAACAGAUAUAGAGAGCGUAGUUUUUACUUUCCCCAUCUCUCCUCAACACGUUUCCUCUUAGCUCAGCUGGCAUCGAUACGAAUGCCCUACCUUUCCUACAUUUCCUUUUCCCAUGGUGCACUUACGGUAACCUUUCAAGGUGGUGUCUGACAAAGGUGCCAAGGAGCGACAGUGGAGUGUUGACAUAAUGGGCAGGACUCAUUUACAGCCACCGCUUCAGUGUUUGCUUGAAAAUUGGAGGGGUGUGCAUGCGUGUGCGAUCUUUCGCUCUGGAGCAACUCGUGAUCAAGAACGAUUGCUCAAUGCCUGGCAUCUAUGGGCUGUUGCACGGAUCUAUGACAUCAUGUGGAGCAUAAUAGAGGGUGACCUCAAAAGCCACAGGAGAGAGCCAGCAAUUUUUUAUACAAAAUUGUGGGCUCCUUGCUACACGUGGCAGAUAAAUAUUUUGCUCGCAUGUUCAUAGCAGCACUGCCUACAAAUCACUGCAGUUUUAUUAGCAGUUCGAAAAGUGUUGCAGUGCCCCUUUAACAUCAGGAGAGAAAGAAAUGCAUGUAAAGUUUGUGUACUCUGAGGGAGUGACAUAAUAAAGUGUUUUUGAUUGCUUCAAA